AUGGCCCAGCACUACAAGCCCGACAUUGACUCGCCGACGGUGCGUCUCAUGGUCCUGGAGACGGACCGGCCGCACCCAGACACGGAGAGCGAACGCGGCUCCUUUGGCGCCAUUGUGCACCACCACUUUAGCAAAGCCGGCCGCGCGCACCACCCGCCGCUCGGCGUGCAGACGGACCAGGUCUUUGUCGUCACGGAGGAGGGCGGGCGCAUUCCCACGGUCGACGAGUUCCGCGACCACGACGGGCUGCUCAUCACGGGCAGCAUGUACGACGCCUACGGCGACAACCAGUGGAUCCUCGACCUGCUCGCCCUGCUAAAAGAACUUUGGCUCUCGCGCCCCGACUUUCACUUCACGGGCGUCUGCUUUGGCCACCAGCUGCUCGCCCGGCUCCUCGGCGCGACCGUCGCGCCCGCCCCCUCGGGCGACUGGGAGCUGGGCCACUGCCGCAUCGACCUCACGCCCGCCGGCCAGCGGCUGUUCCGGACGCGCUCGCCGCACGUGCACCUGCACCAGAUGCACCAGGACCAGGUGGUGGCGGCGCCCUCGCCCGCGACCGCGCCAGCGGGCAUGCUCGACGCCGACGCAGAGGUCGCGUGCUGGGGCCGCAGCGAGCACACGCCCAUCCAGGGGCUGUACAUCCCCAACCGCCUGUUCACCACGCAGGCGCACCUGGCGUUUGACGAGGACAUGGUGCGCCGCCAGAUCCAGAUGCGCGUCGACAGCGGGGGGAUCAAGGACCUGGAGCAUGCGGACCGCGCGGCGGAGACGGCGCACCUGGAGCAUGAUGGCGUGGAGGUUGCAAAGGCGAUUUUGCGGCUGUUUGUGUAUGAUGACGAUGGGAUGGGGUAUGAGCGGAGGUGA